CAAUAAACUGAACAAGAAAAUUUUGGUUUUUUCGUCAUAUAAAACGUCGGUAAUAGUUUUUGACGACGCUGAUACGGAUUCUGCUGUUGAAAAUAUUAUAGAAGCUGCAUGGGGCUACCAAGGAAUGAAUCCUUGGUCUAUAGAUACUGUAAUAAUUCAAGAGAAUGUAUUUAAUAAAGUAGAAGUAAAAUUAAGACGUAAAUUGGAGAUUCUUAAAAUUGGGUAUGGUAACGAUAGAAAUGCUGAUAUAUCUUACCCCACAAAUUCAAAAAUAUCCAAAAAUUUGACUAAGCAAGUCAACAAGGCAAAAUCAUUGGGCAUAACAGUUUAUCAGAAAGAAAUAAGUACUAAUAGUGAUUUUACUCCUACACUUAUCAUAGGGUCAAAAGUUUCUACAAACAAUGUGAUUGAAACCUUAGAAAAUAGUUCUGCCGUAACAUUAGUGCCUUUUAGAUUUAUUGAUGAGGCUGUCAAUUUGGCUAAUAAUUCUAGACAAGGACUGGGCGUGUCUGUUUGGUGUGAGAAUAUUGGCCUAGUGAAUGAAGUAGCUAGAAAAUUAAACGUGAAUAAUGUCUGGAUAAACUCUCAUGGUUUACUUUCUCCUGAGGUGCCUUUAAUACCUUUCAAAGACAGUGGUCUUGGAUUUUUUGGAUCUAAAUUCGGAAUUGCAGAAUACGCGAGAAUUUCACCGCCUAUUCAACGCGGGCCAUUUGAACUACCAGACACGUAUAAGAACGUCGAGGUUGUAAAAAAUGCAAUUAAUUUGGGUAAACGUGCAAGCAGUAUCUGGAAUAAAAUGACAUUUUUAGAGAAAUCUCUGGUUUUCCUACAAAUAGAAAAGCUUAUUGAUGAAAAUAAGUCGAAAAUUAUUUCAAAAGUGCCUGAUGCAUGGCUUGUUAACUUAUUGCAAACAAUAGAAGGAGGUGUAUCAGUUAUUCCAGGAAUUGGAGGAACACUUAGUAUAAAUGGUUUUAAUGUAACAUCCUCCAAAGAACCUAAAGGUGUUCUUGUCAUUGAAACCAGAACCGAUAUAGAUACCCAUUGUUGGAAGUUAAUAAUUGCUGCUCUUCUAGAAGGUAACAGUGUAAUAUUACUAAACGAAUCGGCCGCAACAGUAAGUCUUUAUCAGGAUAUCAGCAAGCAGUUUCCAGCGGGCGUUUUAUCCGUUCUUCCUUAUAGUCUAGACGCGGUAAAAACUUGUUCUCUACACAAAGAGUUGGAUGGGUAUUUCUCAAACGAGAGCAAUAUAAUUUUCAGUUUGUUGCCGCUCUCAGAGUCAAAAAUAUUCGGUUUUACUAGCGACGACUGGGAGGAUAAUUUUAGAAAAGUUAUAUUGGUUAAAAACGUGUGGAGCAAUAUCGGGCUGUCCUUUCAAUGUAAUUUGUAAGUUGGAGAUAACUUAAGAUUCAAAAUUACAUAUUAUAAUCUUUUUACACGUCCGUUGAUCAAAAUGUACGAUAAUUUAAAAAAAAAUGGUGUUUGUAAUCCA